AUGAUUAACAAAAGUGGUUUUGCUUGGAAUGAUUCUUUGAAAUGCAUUGAGGUUGACAGCGAUGAAGCAUGGAACACUUAUGUGCAGCAUAACAAGGAUGCUGAUAGUUGGAGGGGGAAACAAUGUCUAAUAUAUGAUAGGUUGAAGAAUAUAUUUGGGAAGGACCGAGCAACUGGUAGAGGGUCUGCAACUCCCACUGAAAUGAUGAAUGAGCCUGUGCAUCACAUUGAUGUCAAUGAUGGUGAUGAGGAAGUUGACUUUGAACCAGAUCAUUCUACCUCUUUGCCAAGAUCAAAUCAACAAAACUCAGCUAGCUCAAGUAGUCGACAUCGCAAACGAAAUGCAGAUACUGAUAUUCAAAAGGAAAUGGCUAAAGCAUUUGGUGAGAUGAUUUUUGAGUCUAUUGACCAAUUGAAAACUAAAACUAAUAGUUUGGUGAAAGGAUCAGAACCAAGACCUGAUAUUGCUGCUGAAUUGGCAAAGAUGGACUUAUCUAUUAAUGACCAAAUUAAGGCACUACGGCUAAUUUUGGAGAAAGCAAGUGAUGAGAGAACACUCCUGACAUUGGAUGGUGCUAUGCGAAAAGCAUUUGUUCUUAUCUUACUUGGGGCGAGGGAGCUGUGA